AGUCAGCUGUGCAUAUUUGCGUGUCACAAAUGGACAAUAUAUUUGGCUUUUAAUUACCCCCCAGCUGAGCGUGAGUGUGUGUGAGAGUAGGGGAGUGUGUAUGUGUGAGCCCAGAGAAUCGUAGUUACGUACAACGUUGCGUAUGAGCAAUAAACUACAAUUGAGUCAAGGUCAUUUAUUGGCUUUUGAUUUGUAGACUUCGAGAUUUCGCUUUAAAAACAUCCCCCAAUUGUAACCUUUCCCCAACGCAAUAUAUUUUUUUUCAUUCAUUUUUCAAAUUAUUCCGCUGACAGUUUCGAUUUAUGACCUGACAAUUAUUUGCUUUUCUGUCGUACUCCAUAUUAGUUUUAAGUAAUCCCCGCGAUCUGCUCGAUUUAUGUGCUCCUAUAAUUGAUGUGUGGCUUCGACUGGAACGUUAAUAAAACCGAUCACGACUGCCAGUUUGCUUUUUCACGGUUGGGCAACCACAAGACUGUCCCCCUGAUAACACCCGAAAAAUGUAGAAAAUACAAUCCGAGCCCCAAAUUAAAAUGGAGCAGUGGAACAAUGUGGAGCUGACGAACAUGUCCAAAAAGUCGUAUACCUUGAAUCAUGCGUUCGAUGCAGCCGAGAAGUUGAACAAGGAAAACAAUGCGACAUCCUCGAAUGGAAACGGAAGCAGUGCGCAGGAGCAGCCUGUGGAUAGCGAUCUUCUCAAGCCCGGAUCGGAUGUGCGUCCAAAAGUGGAGGCCGAUGAUGUGGAGAGCCUGCUGCGACGUCUUUACGGGAUCACGAUAAGCGAGGUCAAGGAAAUUAUAGCCUACGACGACCGCAACUUCUUCGUUAAGGAGGAUAGCAAUGUUAAGAACCCCCUAAUUGUGACCCACUGUCCACACGGCUAUGUCCUCAAGAUCCUGAACUCCCUGGACUCCAAGAAGGUGGACUUUGUGGACGGCCAGAAUCAACUUCUGCUUUAUUUGGGAAAACACAGUGUAAAGUGCCCCAGGCCGAUAGCCAAUGCCACUGGAAAGUAUUACUCGGUGGAGCGGCUCAACGGAAAUUCGAAUGUGGUGCGGCUUCUGGAAUAUAUACCGGGUGAAAUCUUCCACCAAGUGCCGGUGACGAAGCAUCUGCUCUACCGCAGCGGGGAAUACUUGGCCAGGUUGGAUCGAGCCCUGAAGAAUUUCACCCACGAGGCCUACGAAACCCACAAAACUUUGUGGAUGCUGCAGAGUGUUCCGGAACUGAGGCAAUUUCUGUACGUGGUCAAGGAUCAGGAGCGCCGCCUCAUCUGCGAGGAGGUGAUCGAUGCAUUCGAGGCGAAGGUUCUGAGUAUUUUGCCCACUUUGGAGCACCAAAUCAUCCACGGUGAUUUCAACGAGCAAAAUAUUGUGGUGGAGCAGGCCCCCAACCAGACCGAAUACACCAUCAAGGGAGUGAUUGAUUUCGGGGAUACGAGCAAAUCGCCACUAAUCUUCGAAGUUGGAGUCGCCCUCACCUAUAUGAUCCUGCAGGCCAACGAUCUGGCCAAUGGAGGCAUCUUUUUGGCCGGUUACACCAGUGGCAUUCCCAUUGAGAACUCCGAACUGGCCCAUCUCAAAUAUUGUGUGGCUGCCCGCUUGGUUCAGAGCCUGGUGAUGGGUCUCUACACUCAUACACUGCAUCCCACGAAUGAUUAUCUACUGGUGACCCAAGAACAGGGGUGGAAACUCCUCCAGAAGCUUUGGCGCGAAAGCCUGGAGGAUGUGGAUGAGCUGUGGGCGACCACCGGACAUCAGUACUUGACGCAGAGCAACAAAUAAUACAGAAUCCAGCUGGCCUUUUCGGGUUUUAUAAAUAUUUUACCUGUUUUUAUAUACACUUUUCUGGUUUUCAAAAAAAAACCCUUAAGUAUUAUUGAAUGUCGAAAGCAAUUAUACAAUUCUAUAAACUAAUGUUAAGCUCUGUUAAAUUACGUUUAAGAUGAAUCAAAAAUUCAACCAAUCAAGAACGUAAAAUGUCCGUACAAAAAAGGCAACUAUGAAAACCAGUACCAUAUAUGUGAACCAAGUCCUUCAGAAAACCCAAUAAGGCCUGCUUAAUAGCGAUUCUAAUACCAAAUGUCAAUUAUUAGAAUUUCAUUAACAAAUCACCAGUGCAAAAUAAGUUGCGAGUCCAAGUAUUGAUUGCAUUUUGCUGCUUUACAAUUUACUUUAUCCGGUAUAUUAUUAUCAUUAUCUUUACAAUAAAACUUGUUAAACAAAUACAAAUACAUUGUAUGUAGUACA